GGGACAGGGAGGAUGUGAGCGAGGGAGAGGCGGGGGGGAAAAGGGGCGAGGAGACACAGACCCCCAGAGGAGACACACACAGACCCGAGGAAGAAGUAAAUAAUCCAACCCCUGUGACACAAGCCACACAGGAUCUUCAGGCAAACUACAAAUCCCAGGGACUCUGAGACGUUGCCUGGUCCGAGGUGCAAAAGGGAAUCGUUUAAAGAAGUUUUCGCUGAAGCGCAGCGUUUAAGCCUCGUUUCCUCGUCGCUUCAGCCUUGGAAAAAAGAACCACGGGCAGACGUUUUGUUUCGACCUCGACAGACCUACUUCGGCUGGGCCUUAGGGUCACGUUUAUCGACUCGCUCCGGCAUUUCGGGUCCGGAAAGACGAGGGAGACUCAGAAGAGGUCCCGUUUUUCCCCGCCCUCGGGAGAGAAAUGGCUGAAAUCCAGACUCAAGUGAACAUCAAGGAAAAGAUCUCGGCCGUCCGAUCGGUCGUCCCCAACAGGAGGAAAAAUGAGAUCGUGCUGGUGCUUCAGCAGUUCGACAAUAAUGUGGAUAAAGCCAUCCAGGCUUUCGUGGAUGGAAGUGCUGUCCAGGUUCUAAAAGAAUGGAAUGUGACAGGGAAAAAGAAGAGCAACAAGAGGAAAAAAAGCAAAUCGAAACAGCACCCAGGAAGCCAAGAGGCGCAGGAGAGAGCGGCCGGAACGGCCCCGGACCCCCCGGGAUCGGCAGGACUCCGGAUUCUCCCGCUCCACGGCUGCUGCGGGAAGGAUCACCCUCCCGCCGGCCCGGCCGGGGAAAAAACGGAGGCAGGCCAUCCGGAGCAGAAUCCCUCCUCGCUUCCCGACUCACUGCGGGGGCAUCCCAAAGCCACAGAAGGCGGCAGAGCCGGGCAGCGGAAAGCGCCCGGAGGGGGCACCCCGAAGCCCACCCGCGCGGCCCACCCCAACAGGCCGGCGGCCCGAACCCCCGGCCUCCAGCCCUGGACCCCCGGAGACCCCGACGGACCCGAGGCUGAGGAGGCCCAGAAAAGAGGCCCCAAUAUCGAGAAAUCGAUGAAGGAUCUACAGCGCUGCACGCUUUCCCUGGCCCGAUACCGCCUGAUGAUCAAAGAAGAGGUGGAUCUCUCCGUGAAGAAGAUCAAAGCGGCCUUUGCCGAAUUGCACGUCUGCAUCACAGACAAAGAAAAGUCGUUAAUGGCCGAAAUGGAUAAAGUCAAAGAAGAGGCCAUGGGAAUUCUGACCGCUCGUCAGAAGAAAGCGGAGGAGUUAAAGAGACUGACCGAUCUGGCCAACCUGAUGGCGGAGACCCAGCUGUCGGAGCUCCGAGCUGAAAUUAAGCACUUCGUCAGCGAACGCAAAUACGACGAAGAGCUGGGCCGUUCCGCCCGCUUCUCCUGCGACGUCGAGCCGCUGAAGGCCCAGAUCUCGCUCUGCGGAGAGAUUUCGCACCCGAAGAACAACUACUCGGCGCGGGCCGGAUGCGGCUGGCUCCUGCCCGCCGUGGGGAAGGCCGCCGGCUCCCGGCGCGGGGCCGCCCCCUCCGGCCCCGUCCUCCCACCCCACCACCACGAGGCGGCCCACGACGGCGGCCGCGACGACGGCCGCGACGACGGCCACGCGACGGCCGGGGGCCGGGGGCCCGCCCGCCCCCCACACCUCGGCGCCGAGGCCUCUCCCCGGGCCGGCAGCAAGAACGGUUCGUCCGGCCAGCGGCGAAGACCGACCCCCCAGCCUCGCCCGCCCCGGCCCGCCGAGGGCCCCGCGGGCCCCGAGGGGGACCGGCCGGGCGAGGCCGGGCCCCGCCACGACUACCGGCGCCCGCCGCACGGAGCCUUCCGCCCCAAAGCCAGGGGCCCCGCCAGGAGCCAAGAGGCGGCGGGGGUCGCGGAGGCCGGGGCGGGGGUCGGGGGGAAGGGCCCCGCGGGCCGGGCCUCCCCGGAGAAGCCCCGGCGUCGACAGGCCGCGCCGGACGCCCGCGAGGCUCGGCCCCCGCGGGACGGCCUGGCCCGGCGCCCCCUGGGACCCUCGAGGCUCGACCUCCCUGCCGUGACCCUGGUGGCCUGAGUGGCCGCCUCCGUCCCACCCCGGGGGCCCGGAGCCC